UGGACGCCCGGGCGAGUCGGGCCGUGUCCGAGAGAGAAAGCCGGCGAGCACACAAAUGAAGCAUGAUACAAAUCACCCCGCCAGCCACCACCAAGGAACAUCGGUGGCGGGCGGUGGGCGAGAGCGUCUCGACUCUCGACCCUCCACGCCAACCGAUUGGAAUACUCGCCCUCAGGCGUGAGGGGCAGGUUCCAGUCGGGCCGCCGGAGAUGGCGACGUCGGCGGCGGCGGCGGCGGUCGUGGCGCAGUUUGGGCCGUCCACCUCCUCCUCGUCAUCCACCUGCUCGUUCAUGGUGGGGGUCGCGUCGUGGUCGCGUGGGAGCUCUCCGCCAAGAUUGGUCGCCACCACGUCCAUUGGCCGGCGUCACCAAGUUGUUCGAGCUGUCGCCGACCUGCAUACAGUGGUUCAAUUACCAUUAACCGUUGGAAAUGUCGAGUCAGUCCUGGAUAAAGUGCGCCCUUAUCUAAUAGCAGAUGGAGGCGACGUCGCCUUGCAUGAGAUUGAUGGGAAUGUGGUAAGGCUAAAGCUUCAAGGAGCAUGUGGAUCGUGUCCAAGCUCAGUGACGACAAUGAAGAUGGGCAUUCAGAGACGCUUAAUGGAGAACAUACCAGAUAUCAGUGCAGUCGAACGUGUUUCGGACAGGGAGAUGGGGCUUAAACUAAAUGAAGCAAAUGUGCAGAAGGUACUAGCUGAAAUCAGACCAUACCUUGCUGGCACAGGAGGUGGCGAGCUCGAGCUCGUCAAUAUCAUUGGCCCCAUUGUGAAAGUCCGGCUCACAGGCAGCGCUGCAGGUGUGAAGACUGUUAGAGUGGCGCUAAGUCAGAAGCUCCGAGAGAAAAUCCCAUCAGUCGCAGGCAUCCGUGUAGUGUCGUAAACUUGUGAACAUCUGUAUGCCACAGCUCCUAAACGAGCACAACUACAGCAGCUAUCAAGGAAUAGGAUGUGAAUGUGCUGACUGAUCAUCGAUGUCAGGCACUCAGGCAGUAGCCUCCUGAAGUGUUCCUCGAUCAUAUAUUGGUAGUCAGGCAGAUAAAUGCCACUUUUGAUGCAACAUGCUGUAUGUAUGGUACGGGUUUUUAUAUAGUGGAGAUGCUAAAAAGACUUGAUCUCUUCCUCUUGCAAUGGAAUUGAACUGCUGUAUUUUGGUGGAAUUGAACCAA